AUGUAUUCUGGGCGGGAGAGAUUCGAUACGUCAACAUUGGUAUUGGAGGAGGAAAGGAGGUCGUGGUGGGUUAUUGUGAUGUCGGGGUGUGUGGUUGGGGAGCGGCCGAGGUCGAGGAGCAUGACUUUGCUUUUGGUAGCGUUGGGGUUGGUGAGGAUUUUGUCACGGACGAAACGGAGUUCAUCGAGCUUGGUAUCGCAGGUUCCUAGGAGGAGGAUUGUAGCCAUUGUGUUGUGUUGUGUUCUUGUAUGUGGUGGUAACUGUAUAGCGGAGGAAUUGUCUAUAAGGGCUUCAGCUGCGGGGCUGAGGAUCCCCUCAAUUAUUUUAUCAUCGUGCUUUGGACAUUUCACGAGACCCCUUACACUCCCCACACUUCACAGAGUAUACAAGAUGCCCCGUCCAACAACCCGCAAAGAAGUCCUCGACAGUCUUCGUAAGACUAUUGCCGAUGGCUCCAUUGUCGUUGGAGCAGGAGCUGGCAUUGGCCUCUCUGCCAAAUUCAUCGAGAAGGGAGGCGCUGACCUCAUUCUCAUCUACAAUUCUGGUCGUUUCCGCAUGGCCGGACGAGGCUCGUUGGCUGGGUUGAUGCCGUACUCGGAUGCUAAUCAGGUUGUGGUUGAGAUGGCAAACGAAGUCCUCCCCAUCGUCGACAACACCCCCGUCCUCGCCGGCGUCUGCGGCACCGACCCCUUCCGUACCAUGCCCGAAUUCCUCAAGCAACUGAAAACCAUCGGCUUCGUCGGCGUCCAGAACUUCCCCACCGUUGGCCUCAUCGACGGUAACUUCCGCGCAAACCUCGAAGAAACAGGCAUGGGCUACGAAAAGGAAGUCGAGAUGAUUCGCAUCGCCCAUGAACUUGACCUCGUCACUACGCCCUACGUCUUCAAUGUCGAUGAAGGGGAGCGUAUGGCCCGCGCCGGCGCUGACGUCAUUGUUGUGCAUCUGGGUUUAACGACGAGCGGAACAAUUGGCGCGCAGACGGCUGUGACGCUGGAUGAUGGUGUGAGGAUGGUGCAGGAGGUUAGGGAUGCGGUUGUCAAGGUCAAUCCGGAGGUUAUUGUGUUGUGUCAUGGGGGGCCUGUUGCAGAGCCGGGAGAUGCGGAGUAUGUACUUAAGAGGACGAAGGGGGUGCAUGGGUUCUUUGGGGCGAGUAGCAUGGAGCGAUUGCCGGUGGAGAGGGCAAUUUUGGAGAAUGCGAAGGCGUUUAAGAAUUUGAAGGUUUAG